AAAGAAUACAUUCCUUACUGUGUAGAUUUGUGAAAAUAAGGAAGCCUGAAACGGAAAAAGAAACCUUAUCUUCAUGAAUAUAGAAUAAUUUUUUUGAGAACCCUCAUUCUAAGAACAAGACAUUCUCAAAACCUCUUUCCCCUUCCUUGUUGUUCAACCAAUAGCUUUUUUUUCUUCUGCACUCUCUUGAUGGACUAUUUUUCAACUCCUCCCACGACUGCCUAGACUUCUCAACCCUUUUCUUGCACUCUUUUUGGAUGGUCUCUCACGACCGUAAACAACUCCGAUUCUUAGCACUUCCCGAUUCUUACUAAGCUUAAGCACACCAAGCCACAAGCGAAGCAGUGUUGGCAAAAGCGACAAGGCAUGUGUAAAUAAUGUAGAUGAGUUUUCGAGACAGGGAAAGGGCGAAAAGCAAGUAUAAUUGUUAAGGAUGUGAGUACGACGUUAACGACUCAGAGGCUAAAACUUGGUUGCUAGAACUUGGUUGAAUGUCGAAGAAAGCAGCUUCUAAAGUUUCAACACUAAAAAACAGUUCAGAUGAGAGAAAGAGGACAGAAUAACUACAGCUGGGGUUUUGGGAAAGCACAGCGACGCAGAACAAGAAAAUGGAACUCUUCGCUCCUUAUAACACGAUAGUAUACGCAUCCAACGCUAUAAUCUUUGCGCUCAGCUCAGUUGGCAACGCCUGGAUAGUAGUGGCGCUCGUAAGAAAGCGAUCACUUCGUACAACAACUCUGUCCUUCGUCGGGAACCUCGCACUGGCGUACCUUAUAACGCUGCUAUGGGCUUAUUUCGUUCCCUUGCGUUACGACAUGAACGAAGGUCUCUUUGCGGAUGCCCUUUGCAAGGUGUUUAUAGGUCCUGGAGUGACAGGUACAGCUCUCCUAGCCAGUAUCUUUACCCUCACCGUCCUCGCUGUGGAACGCUACCAGGCGGUCGUGCACCCGAUGAGCGCCAGGUUCAAGCUGAGGGACGAUACAGUGCGUUAUGCCGUCGCCGCGAUAUGGCUUCUAACGUUCGCCUUAGUUCUCCCUGUGUUCAUCUUCUUGGGCUACAGCGCAAAAGGCCAAAAAUGCACCUUUGACAUACCAGGCGAACAUACCAGGUCCGCGUACGAAAUCUUCGCUGGGAUUGUCGUAGUGUUUAUUCCCCUAGUCGUCAUAACAUUCUGCUACGCGUGCAUCGGAAAGGAGGUCUACUUCGGAAACUCUGUGGCUCCGCUGAAUGUGCCAGCUCAGGAAGAAGCGGCGAACAGGCGGUGAAUCAUUUUCCUGGCCAUUAUGAUGACUGUCACGUUCGCCAUCAGCUUCGUGCCGGUUUGUUUGGUCACGAUUCUGAAGAGCCGCAUGCCAAGAGACGUAUACAACGCUGCCAAGCUGACAAGAGUGAUCCCUUUCCUGAAAGCGGCCGCCAACCCUUUGAUACAAGUGCGCAUGUGCUCUUCACUCGGGAAGGAGCUUGGGGAGAUGCUCAGCUACAUCAAAAACGAGUUGGGAAAAACCCAUCCGUAGGGGAAACCUUAUGUGUAAAGAAACACCCGUUUAUAUUGGAAAAUCAAUGUAUAGAGAGAAAAACGUUUAGGGAAAAAACCCAUGUUUAAAGUAACAUCCAUAAACCCAAGUAUAGGGGAAAACCUAGUUUAAAGGAACACCCAUGUAUAGGGGAAAAACUAGUUUAAAGGAACACCCAUGUAUAGGGGAAAACCUAGUUUAAAGGAACACCCAUGUAUAGGGGAAAACCUAGUUUAAAGGAACACCCAUGUAUAGGGGAAAACCUAGUUUAAAGGAACACCUAUGUAUAGGGGAAAACCCAAGUAUAGGGAAUACCCGUGUAUAGGGGAAACCCCAUGUUUAAAACA